CACUUAUAUACUUCCUUGUGCGACUGACGCAAGGUUUCACAGUAAAGAAGACUUUAAGCACGGAGGAGAUAAAAGUUUAGCUCUCGAAAAAUGGAUAAAAAUUUCGUUAUAUCGGUUGAGAAAGUUCGGAUUUUGCGUGAAAGUUUGAGCCAUAUUGCCAGUCUUUUCAAGGAAGUGAAAAUUCGAACUCAAGAARUCGAUAAAGAUGACGGCAAGCAAUGGGUUAAUGUUUCGAGUUCGAGUAGAAACAACACAGAAGAGCUACUAGAAAAAGUCAAGGACUAUAUCAAUGCACUCUGUGAUUCUCCAGAAACGACUACCACUCUUCUUAAGAUCGAUGAGUAUCCUGCAUUUAGGAAUCAAGAAAAUAUUUUCAAUUUGGAAAAAAUGUUUGGUGUUGUAGCAACCGUUGAUGACAAUUUACAGAAACUGAAUAUUAAAGGAAGCGAAAUUAACGUAGUUUUAGCCCAAUCCUGGAUUGAUGAGAGUCAUAGCCGUCUACCCAAGGACACAAAACUACCUUGUGUAGUUGUCACUGAUGGAACUAUCAAUCCAUCCUUAAAAGAAUUUGCUCUCAAGUUAGGCUACAGCGAACAAGAUGUUAAUUCGGUGGCCAAGAAAUUUGGCCCUGACGUGGACCAGAAUCAACUCUUGCAGGAGCUUAUUCAGCUUAAGGGUACAUCUCGAACUCUUCCUAAAGUAAUAGACAGUCUACCUCGUGGAGGUGCUACAAAAGUGGRGCAAAUUGUAGCUCGAGGUGCAGCUCCACACAGAGCAGCUGAAACACAGAUAAGGGAUUCUAUCAGGAGUUCAGAAUGCGCGCCAGUUCCGCAAGGGAUUUCCCCAAGCCGCUGCGAAGAUGUUUUCGAUUCACUUCUUCCAAUAGUCAUCGAUGGUAGCAACGUUGCAAUGAGCCAUGGUAAYCAACAAGUCUUUUCAUGCCGCGGAAUUGAACUUUGCGUCAACUGGUUCAAAGAGAGAGGUCAUAAAGAAAUCUAUGCGUUGGUACCGAAAUGGCGCACUGAAACACCCCGCAUGGAUUACCCAAUAAACGAUCAAUAUAUCCUACAGAAGCUAUCGAAACAAAAUUUCGUAAAAUUUACGCCAUCACGUCGUGUAGCUGGUAGAAAUAUCGUUUGUUAUGAUGAUCGAUUUAUUGUGGAUUUGGCCUACAAAAUUGGUGGUGUUGUGGUCUCCAAUGAUAACUAUCGCGACCUCCAAAGAGAAAACUCAGAUUGGAAAGAUGUCAUAGAAAACAGACUCUUGAUGUAUUCUUUCGUUGGAAACUAUUUCAUGCCUCCAGAUGAUCCUCUUGGGAAAUAUGGACCAAGCCUUAAGGAAUUCCUGCAAAGAGGGACCAAGAGUCAUCCUCGAGUUUGUCCUCAUAUCAGUCGAUGUACUUACGGCUCAAAGUGCCGUUUUUAUCACCCUGAGAGAGAUCCAAAGAGACGGCAGGAACUCUUAAGUGGCAAUCAGAGACAAGUUGGUAGAGGUUCGUCUUCUCCUCCGUGUGACGCUCGAAAUCGUUUCGUUAAGGAUGCUGCAAUCUAUGCCGAAACACCCAUCCAACAACAGCAGUGGCACUUACCUCCACCGCGCACUUUCACCACAGCACAACACUAUACUUAUUCACGACCUCCCCACCAUUCGUAUAAUAACAGCAGUUGUGCCUCAAAUGAGAAAGGCAUUCAAGAUAAACGCUAUGAUCUUUUGUACGCUAAAGUACUAGAAAUAUUUGCCGACAACCCAGAAGGACUUGCACGAGCAGAGCAAAGACUUAGAGCUUUUUAUAGUGAAGAAAUUGAUGACCAAUCGAUACUAAAUUUUGUGUUUGACGAUAACUAGUUGUAAAUAUGUAUCAUAUAAUAUAAGCUAAUAUAAAAAGGCGCAUAAGGCCUCAGAAACGUAAGGUAGAAUGACUUUGAAAUGGUUGCCGUACUUGACCAAGCACUGUCAUUGAAUCAUGUGUUGCAUCUUAUUAUCUUUUAUUGGUUUGGGGACGAAUCCGCCAAGAGUCAAAACUAUUAUUUACGAUGUUCGAAAUUCGUUGAAUAAACCAAGAGACAAACAAAAGACAAGAAAGCACGUAAAUAUAAAUGAACUUUAACACUAUUUCUUUAUUUCUAGCUAGCUACCUUGUUCAGCAUUAUUUAUAAAUAAAUACUUAACUUUCAUAUUAAAGUAUAUCAUUGUG